AUGUUGAAUUCAACUUCAUAUACGCAUGGAGCUAUUCAAUAUAAGGACCUUUUGCGAGAUUUCCAGGAGCACAUGGAAAGACUGAAGCUCACAACUUUGCGUUUGCAGCAGGGCAUUGAAGCUACCAGAACGCUAGCGAUAAAGAAUAAUGAAGUGUUCCCUGAAAUGGAAGAGAGAAGAAAUGAAAAGAAGGUUAAGCUGCAACAGUCAAUUGCCAAAAUGCGACACAAUAUUGCCCAAUACCAACAAGAUCUAGAAGCCAUACGACAAGAGCUGGCUCCAAAAGAAUUACAGAGAAGCGAAAGAACCCAUGAGCGAAUUCAGCAAUUGGAAUCCAUGGUGGAAAAGAAAAAUCAAUUACACAAUAGAAUCCGUCAAAAGGGAGAAGAGCAUACCGAAGUGAUCAAGGCAGAGACAAGCAAUGCGCUGCUCACUGAAUUAGAACUACAAACAUUUAGACGUGCUCUCCAAUUAGAAAUUGUCAACACUAAUGAGGCCUUACGAUUCGAGUUCAAAUGUAUAAGCAAGCAAGUGCCUGAGAAGAUAUAUCAUGUCGCACUCACCAUCACGGAUACAGACGUAUACACAGUGAUUGAAUGUCAACCUGAUUCAGUAUUACCAAAGGUUUUGAGAGAAUUGGACGUUUUGAAUCAAGAUCGUGAAUUAUUCAACUUUAUAAAAAAGUUACGACAGAUCUUUCGACAAUCAGCCAAUGCAUAG